AUGGCUAGGGAUGAAGGGGGAUCGAGUCCUAAGAGACGAAAGCUUGAUUUUAACCCAUUACGAUCCGAUGACAGAUUUAUCAUUCCGGCCAAGCCAUCAACAAAUAGUCUUGAGCACCCGGGGCCUGCGCUGCUACGGUCUCAAAGUCGAGUUCGGAAUAGUUCUCGAUCGUCAACCCCCCAAGGACGAUCACAAUACGCGUCGACCCCCAAACCCCGGCAGGAAGAAUUCGAUGGGCCCGAGCCUUUCGUGAACGAAGAGGACUCCAAUGCCCUCGAUCGGGAUUGGUAUGCUGGAGACGAAUCUGGCCACACAUUUGGAGAUGACGCCCAUAACCCGUUCGGUUCUUAUGAUAAUUCCUGGGCUGAGCAGCAGCGGGAGGCAGCGCUGGUAGAGAAGAAAACCGGGAAGCGUAUGAGUGCACGAGCGACACAAAAACAGAAGGAUGUCGAUGCUUGGGAGACGAAUCGAAUGCUCACGUCCGGCGUGGCCCAGCGAAGAGAUUUUGGAGACGACUUCGAAGAUGACGAAGAAGCAACUAGAAUCCAUCUACUCGUCCAUGACCUGAAACCCCCUUUUCUGGACGGCAGAACCGUCUUCUCGAAGCAAUUGGAACCUGUGCCGGCAGUUCGAGAUUACCAAAGCGACAUGGCGGUGUUUAGUCGAAAGGGUAGUAAGGUGGUAAAGGAAAAGCGUCAACAAAAGGAGAGGCAAAAACAAGCUCAGGAGGCAACAAAUAUGGCCGGCACUGCACUUGGCAACCUCAUGGGAAUCAAGGAGGACGAAGGAGACAGCGCUGCCCCGGUUCCUGGCGAGGAGGAACACCAAGGCAACAGCAAAUUUGGUCAGCAUAUGAAGAAGAAUGAAGGGGCAAGCAACUUCAGUCAGAGCAAGUCUUUGAAGGAGCAGAGAGAGUUUCUUCCUGCGUUUGCUGUCCGUGAAGAUUUACUGAGAGUCAUCCGUGACAACCAAGUAGUGAUUGUUGUCGGUGAGACAGGGUCAGGCAAAACGACCCAACUUACGCAAUUCUUGUACGAGGAUGGCUAUGCAAAGCUAGGGUUGAUAGGAUGCACGCAACCUAGGCGGGUGGCUGCAAUGAGUGUGGCCAAGCGAGUUAGUGAAGAGAUGGAAUGCAAGCUAGGCGGUCUGGUCGGUUAUGCUAUUCGGUUCGAAGACUGUACGAGCAAAGAGACAUGUAUUAAAUACAUGACUGACGGUGUUCUCCUGAGAGAGUCUCUAAAUGAACAGGAUCUCGACCGUUACUCCUGUGUCAUUAUGGACGAGGCGCAUGAAAGAGCCUUGAAUACAGACGUUCUUAUGGGGCUGUUUAAAAAAGUCCUCGCACGCCGACGAGACCUCAAACUCAUCGUCACUUCUGCAACCAUGAACUCGAAACGAUUUUCUGACUUUUACGGGGGAGCACCAGAAUUCUUUAUCCCUGGAAGAACAUUCCCUGUGGAUAUCAUGUUCCAUCGAUCUCCAGUUGAAGACUACGUGGACCAGGCGGUGCAACAGGUAUUGGCAAUCCAUGUUUCGAUGGGGGCUGGCGAUAUCUUAGUGUUCAUGACUGGACAAGAAGAUAUUGAGGUGACUUGUGAACUUAUCCAAGAACGGCUCAACGCUCUUAAUGACCCACCGAAACUCAGCAUUCUUCCUAUCUACAGUCAGAUGCCUGCGGACCUCCAAGCAAAGAUCUUCGACAAGGCUGCUCCGGGUGUAAGGAAAGUUAUUGUUGCAACAAACAUUGCAGAAACUAGUUUAACUGUCGAUGGUAUCAUGUAUGUCGUUGAUGCUGGCUAUUCUAAGCUGAAGGUCUACAAUCCUCGUAUGGGGAUGGAUACUUUACAGAUUACGCCAAUUUCUCAAGCGAAUGCCUCGCAGAGAGCUGGCCGUGCUGGACGUACUGGACCUGGCAAGGCAUUUCAUCUUUUUACCGAAGCUGCUUUCAAGGACGAGCUUUAUAUCCAAACAAUUCCUGAGAUCCAGCGUACCAAUCUCAGCAACACGGUUUUACUCUUGAAAUCCCUCGGGGUCAAGGACCUGCUAGACUUUGACUUUAUGGAUCCUCCUCCUCAAGACACCAUCACGACAUCUUUGUUCGACCUCUGGGCUUUAGGCGCGCUCAACAAUAUCGGCGAUCUUACGGAAAUAGGCAAGAAAAUGACCGCGUUUCCGAUGGACCCUUCUUUGGCCAAGCUUCUGAUCACGUCCGUGGAGUACGAAUGUAGCGAAGAGAUGCUGACGAUCGUGUCCAUGCUAUCCGUUCCUAGCGUAUUCUAUCGACCAAAAGAACGCCAGGAAGAGUCCGAUGCCGCUCGUGAGAAGUUUUUCGUUCCAGAAUCUGACCACUUAACCUAUCUUCAUGUAUAUUCGCAGUGGAAGGCAAAUGGUCAUUCAGACGCCUGGUGCACUCGGCAUUUCUUGCAUCCAAAAUCUUUGCGCCGAGCAAAAGAGAUCAGAGAACAACUCCUAGACAUUAUGAAGAUGCAAAGGAUGGCAAUGAUCAGUUGUGGCACUGAUUGGGACGUCAUCCGGAAAUGUAUCUGCUCGGGAUACUAUCAUCAAGCUGCCAAGGUCAAAGGCAUUGGAGAAUACGUCAAUUUAAGGACAAGUGUAACUGUCCAGCUGCACCCUACGAGUGCUCUUUAUGGACUGGGUUAUCUCCCUGAUUACGUCAUCUACCACGAACUGAUUCUUACUUCCAAGGAGUAUAUGUCAACAGUGACAGCCGUUGAUCCACAUUGGCUUGCAGAACUGGGAGGUGUGUUUUACUCAAUCAAAGAAAAAGGCUACUCUGCCCGAGAGAAGAGGAUCACCGAAGUUGAAUUCAACAGGAAGAUGGAAAUAGAGACACAAAUGGCAGAAGAUAAGUUGAAUGAGGAGCAGAGAUUAGAGAAGGAGAGCCAGAAGACGGCAAAGAAGCCCGCAUCAACGGUGGUGAAGAAAGUUGCCUUGCAUGGCGCUGUGAGGAAGCCUAUAGUAAGAAGGGCUGGACGAGGGUUUUAA